GAGAAGAGCUAGAACCAGCCGCAGCUCCGUGUUGCCGAAGGGGUGACCGAGAGAGUGCAUGUCUGUGUGUGUGUGUGUGUGUGUGUGAGAGUGUGUGUGAGAAAGCGAGAGAUGAACUGUAUGCAUGUAGAUGCUGCAUGAGCUGCAACCGGAGCUGCUACUGGUGGUGGUGAAUAAUGCAGACAGGGGAACAGAGUUUGGAUAGCAUGCAGUGAGCCAGAUUAAUAAUGUAUCGUGCCGGUUAUGAGCUCUGCUUUAGUUAGUUUUUCUGGAACCUGUAGCUGCCUACCAUCUGCCUGCUUUCCUCACUCACUGACUCCCCGCAUACCUUUCUGCCUGCCUGCCUUCCUACCUGACUGUUGGACUGUCUGACUUGCUCAGAAAAUGUCUCACUACCAUUUCAUCAAAUGUUGUUGCUUCCAGCUAUGUAACGUCUUUCGCCAGAACAUGGAGAUAGACCAGUGUCUGCUGGAGUCUCUUCCCAUUGGCCAGCGCCAAAGGCUGGUCAGGAGGAUGCGCUGUGAACAAAUAAGGGCGUACUAUGAGAGAGAAAAGAGCCUUCAGCGCCAGCAAGGUGGAGUCAAGGUUCGAGCCCUGCCCACGCACCGCAAGAAGCACCACGUUCGCUUCAGGCCUGCCGAUAUUAUACAGGAUGCCAUCAUUCAUCAUAACGACAAAGAAGUGUUGCGCCUCCUGAAAGAAGGUGUUGACCCCAACACUCCCAUUUCCUCUGGGGGAUCCUUGCUACACUUGUGUGCCCGCCAUGACAAUGUCUUUGCAGCAGAACUUCUGAUUGAACGAGGCUUGAGCGUCAACCUGCAGGACGAAGACCUGUGGACAGCCCUACAUGUAGCCUGUGUGUGUGACCAUGCUGAUAUGGUGCUGCUGCUGCUGGUGGCUGGAGUGAACGUUUUGCUUCAGGACAUCAAUGGAAACAUUCCUCUGGACUACGCCAUUGAGGGGACGGAGACCAGCUACAUCCUCCGAAAACACUUGGAGGAAAACGGUGUGGAUGUGUCAUCCAUGCAUGCCAUGAAGAUUCAGCGACCCAGCACCAUGCUCUCUGAUGUUAGACAGCUUGUAGCCUCAGGGGGAAGCCUCAAUCAGCCCAAUGAAGAAGGAAUUACUCUGCUCCACAUUGCAUGUGCGAGUGGUUACAGAGAAGUGGUGUCUGUGCUACUGCAGAGCGGUGCAGAUCCUCAUCCUGCUGACAACAACUUUUGGACCCCUCUCCACCUGGCUGCUAAAUAUGGACAGACAAGCAUUGUUAGCCAGCUCCUAAGGCAUGGCGCGAACCCGACUCUGCUGAACUGCAACCAAGACAAGCCCUACGAUAUUGCAGUGUCAGAGCCCAUAGCAGAUAUGCUGCUGAAUGCAGAAGAGAGCUGGCAACAGAGGCUGAAGGACCCCUCUGCUCCUCUGCCCUCCACUGACCAGCGCUAUGAUAGUGGUUCACAUGACCUCAACACCCCUGUCAAGAACUUGAACCCCCUGGGUAUCCCAAUCGCUAAGCGGGACAGUCUGCUGGAGAAAUGUGCCAUGUUCAGAGAGGCAGCUGGAGCACUGAGGCGACAACCCUCUCAGGAUAAUGGCCUAGAUAGCCCCUUUGGCUCUGGAGCCAGCAAACUGGAGCAGGUGAAACUGAUGCCUCCGGCACCCAAUGACGAUCUGGCGUCCCUCAGUGAGCUGACUGACAGCAGCCUUCUCUACGAGAUGCAGAAACGUUUUGGCAACGACCAAAUCUACACUUACAUUGGCCACAUCCUUCUGCUGGUCAAUCCAAACAAGGAGCUGCCCAUCUAUUCCACUUUGGUCAGUCAGUUGUACCUGAGCUCCACGGGUCGCCUUUGCUCUUCUCUGCCGCCUCACAUCUUCUCCUCAGCAGAGAGAGCUUAUCACAUGAUGCAGCAGGAGAAACGCCCGCAGUGUUUCAUCUUGAGUGGCGAGAGUGGCUCUGGAAAAACAGAGGCGUGCAAGCACAUAGUGAGACACCUGACAGCCCGCUCCAGCACCAAAGGCUUUAUGCUGGAGCCCAGAAUGAAACAUGUCAACUGUGUACUGGAAGCCUUUGGCCACGCUAAGACCCAGAGGAACAGCAACUCAAGCCGCUUUAUCAAGCUGCUGACGAUCCAAUACUGUGAUAAGAGGAGGACACCACUCAGAGCCCAUGUAUACACCUAUAUGCUGGAGAAGUCCCGUCUAGUCCACCUGCCUGCUCAACAACACAGCUUCAAAAUCUUCUAUUUGAUGGCUGAGGGCCUUUCAGCUGAGGAGAAGAGUGCACUUUACCUCAACAACAUCUUGGCUCAUAGGUAUAUUAGCGGAAGACUUCCAGGGGAGAACCCUCCAGUAGCUACAGCCUCUACCCAGAGUAGAGAACAUCUUGCGGCAGUCAAACAAGCCCUGCGAGCCCUCAGCUUCAACAAGCAGGAGGUUGACUCAGUAUUUACGCUGCUCUCUGCUGUGCUCCAUAUCGGGGACCUGCGUUUCACAGCACUGACAGAUGCUGACACAGCCUUCCCUUCCGACCUGCAGCUGCUGGAGAGAGUUGCUGGAUUAUUGCAGGUAUCCUCCAGUGACUUAAGCACCGCCCUCACCUCUGAUGUUCAGUAUUUCAAAGGUGAUGUGAUCACUCGGCGCCACACAGUAGAGAUGUCAGAGCAGUACAGGGACCAGCUUGCCAAAGCCAUCUACGGGCGCCUCUUCAGUUAUCUGGUCAACAAUAUCAACGACUACCUUCAGGGACAAGAUGACACCAUCAGUGAUCCUGCUUGGGAGAUUGGGAUCUUGGACAUAUUUGGGUUUGAAGAAUUUCAGAAGAAUGGAUUUGAGCAGCUGUGUGUGAACAUGACCAAUGAGCGGCUGAGGCAGUACGUCUCUGAGGUGCUAUUCCAGCAGGAGCAGGCUGAGUGUCUGCAGGAGGGCAUCGCCAUGGAGAACGCACGCUCUCCCAGAAACCACCCAGCCAUUCUGGACUUCUUUUUUCAGAAGCCCCAGGGGCUGUUGUGCGUGUUAGAUGAGGAGAGCCAGAGCCUGCGGCCAUUAGAGCAGACCUUGUACAAGAGGCUCUCUGCCCAGUUGGACUCCAACCAAAUUCAUGGGCUGUCUCUCACUACCAAGGAUGGCAAUGGGAACCCCCCACCAAAAGACCAAGGCCCAGCCUUUAUUGUCAGCCACUAUGCAGGACAGAUUUCAUACAACCUCACGGGAUCGCUAACAAAAAACAAGGACUCUCUUCCUCAGAAUCUCCUGUUUACGAUUAAGUCCAGUGAGAGUGUGUUGCUGCAGCAGCUCUUCCAGUCCAAGCUGACUCAGACUGGUUCCUUGGUGCCAGCAGCCCGGAGCUGCAUAGGGCUGAGGGGGCCUAAAGCUGCCUUGUUGCUCCACAGGAUACCAUCAGUCUCCCUUGUCAGUGCCAGCUCAAUCCCCCAACAGCCCCGGAGGUACCAUGAUCUUACUAAGAUCUUGAAGAAAAAGGGCUCCAGCUCCUUCCUCCAGCGACUAGAGCGUUGUGGACCCACCACAGUGGCAGUCCAGCUAAGGAACACACUGUCAGAGUUGGUUAGCAAACUGCAGGCCUGCACUCCCCACUUCGUGGAGUGUGUGCGACCCAACUCUAGUUGUCAGCCAGACAAUUUUGACAGCUUCCAUGUGUCUACCCAGCUGCAGUACAUCGGGGUGCUUGAGAUGGUGCGCAUGAUCCGUUAUGGUUACCCCGUGCGCCUGUCCUUUCCAGGCUUCCUCAGCAGAUAUAAAGACCUUGUUGUCCCAACACUGGGAGACAAGAAGAAACUGUCUCCGGAGGAAAAAUGUCGCUCAGUUCUGCAACAAUCAAAACUCCAGGGAUGGCAGAUGGGCAGCAGUAAAGUGUUUCUGAGAUACUGGCAGGCAGACCAGCUCAACGACCGCUGCCACCAGCUACAUAAAAAGAUCAUCACCUGUCAGAAAGUUGUUCGCGGCUGGCUAGCCAGGCAGCGGGUCAAUCGCAGGUUAUCGUUACAACACAAAGAGGAGUGCGGUGUGCAGCACUUCCUGCAGGGGGCAGAAGACAUGGGACUGCGAACCUACGACCAGCUGGUUAUCCAAAAUGCCUCCGACAUUGCAAGAGAAAACGACCGCCUGCGCUGCCAUGGCAAUAGCCUGCUCAACACCCUUGGCAGUAGUCCACCCCUUGGCGAAAGACCAGAGCCGGUGGGGAAGGAGGAAGAUCAGCCAAUCAGGAGAGUGGCAGAGAAAAGCACGAAAGUGCAUGAAGGCCCUGCCAACGGCGGAAGUCGAGUCAUUCGCCACUUUCGCUCCAGCUCGGUACCCACCCCGCUCGCCAUUGAGAACAUGGUCCAUUCGUCUGCCAAUCCACCCAUCAAACCAGCCUUGCAGCAAGUUGUCCAUAUCAAUGAGGACGGAGCAGGCGGGGGAGGUCUUUCCUCUCCUCGUAAGCAACCUCCUCCUAAACCAAAGAGGGACCCCAAUACUCGUCUGAGUGCAUCUUAUGAAGCAGUUAGUGCAGGCCUGACGAUGGCCGCCAAAGAGUGCUCCACUCCAGAGGGCUACGCUUCACCAGCUGGAAGCCCUCCUAAAUCCCAGCUAUCCCCCACAGACCCAGCAGCCUUGUCCAAACCCCGUCCCCAUAGUGAUGACUACACAACUAUGAGAAAGGUACCACCCCCGAAACCCAAGCGCAGCCCCAACACUAAGCUGACUGGCUCAUAUGAGGAGAUUAAUGCUGUAGCACCCCAGCUCCAUCAGCUACGCCCAGCUGAUGUAAAGUUGGCCCUGCUUUCACGUGGCGGGGGAUUUGGAGGCUUGAUGCAGAGAGCAGCCUCCAUAGAUGCUCCACAAGGGGUUGCACUAAGUCUGUUCAAGGGCCAAGAUGAAGAAGACAUUUACAUAGAGAUGUUGGGAUCCCAGCAGCGGGCACGAAGCCUCCAGGAGCCGCCUGAUAGCCCAGAGCAAGCCGACUCGGAAGCUGUCUACGAGGAGAUGAAGUAUUACCCUUCUGAAGAUGGUGGAGCUGCUGCCUCUGUCACCAAACCAGCCAAAUUGGAGGCUCUAGGACUCAACUUAUUAGGAUUGGGGACAUCCCCUCCUCAGAGUGCAGAGACUAAACGACUGGCAUUGGGGGUGACUGCUGCUUUGGACAUUGCUCACUCACAUAGCACAUCAAACAGUGGAGCUCCCAAAAGCCAGCAUGGAAAAGAUGGCAGCUGUGACAUUCCUGCACCUUUUCCCAACUUGCUUCCCCACCGCCCUCCACUCCUUGUAUUUCCGCCCUCCCCUGUCACCUGUUCUCCUGCUUCUGAUGAGUCACCCCUAACCCCCCUAGAAGUAAAAAAGCUGCCGGUGUUUGAGACAAACCUCAAUUAUGCCACUGGGCCAGACAGCCCCCUGUCCCCACAGUACGCCCGCCAGAGGGCUGAUUCCUCCCCAAGCCUCACUGUUCUAAUGCCAGAGAAGAAGUCCACACCUCCACUCACUCCUCCACCUCCUCCUCCUAGUGCCCCACCUCCACCCUAUAGACCUCCUUCACACUUCCCCUUCCCACCUGAGGCCAACUUCCUGGCUCUGACACGAGCAGCAUCUGUCACCGGGAGCUCAGAUUCCUCCAAAACGUCCUCACAAAGAACAGGCGGGGAGCCGCUGGGGAAGCCUCCUCCCUAUUCCCCUGUGAAGGUGUCUCGUCCUGAGCCUCGAAGAGCUCACUCGUGCUCCUCGUCUCCACUGCUAUUCAACCCAGCCAACGGCAGGCCCCUGACCAGCCCCCUGGAUGAACUCAGCACCCUGUUCAGCUCUGGACGUAGCCUACUGAGGAAGUCUGGCCGCAAGAUGAGAGAUGGAGGAUUCAAUUCUAAUAUCAAUCUGCCAGGGAGGGAAGACUGUGGCUCUGCCCCCACCUCACCAUCUCUCCAGCUACAAGACAAGAACGCCAACAACCACUCUCCCCACUCACAAAGCUCUGCCCCUGUAGAGAACGGGAACCAGAUCUCAAACGGGUCGCUGGAGGAUGAGAGUCACAGCAAGUCAAACUCCUCCAGCACCCCCUCUUUGCACAGACACAUGGAUAGUCAUCAUACUCAGAGGGGUCAUCUCAACUUUUCUCCAUUCGGUGCGGGGGCUGCCCUCUAAAACAGCGAGGGGGGCACAGGGGGUGGGCUCGCUGUGAGCCCUCGUGCACAUGUAGGGAUGUGGUGUUCCAGCGGCUACGUCUGUCCAACGGGGAUGAGAGCGCCGCCCUUGGAGAGCUUCUGCGAUGGCGGCGAUUGCAGUGUGAGGGGCGGAGUGACUGGAAGCGCCGCCCACCUAAGUCCCCACCCCUGCCCCCCACGCCCACCUAAGUCCCCACCCCUGCCCCCCACACUGCUCUGGACCAACAGGAAGGCCCCUCCAUGAUGGAGGUUUUCUGAUAAAGUCACAUACGUUGGCUAUGAAGUUCCUCCCUCUUUCUUCAGCCACACUUCCACGAGCUUUUCAAUUUUAUUCGUUUCCCUUUUUUUUGUUUGUUUUUGAUCUGUUAACCUCUGUCCCCAUUGACUAAGCUGAAGCUCCAAGAAUGAGCCUAGUCCGUGGGGUGAAGGUCCUGCUUUUUCCCUUUGCACUCAACUGUGGGGGAUUCCCUUACUUAUGUGAUAGAAACUCAGCACCAUGUGACAGCUAACUGAUACUAACUGAUAUCCAUGAAAAAUGACUGCAAAGCAGAAAAAGAAUAGAUGCGGGAUAGUCUGUGAUGACAUAUAUGAUCAAAAAGAGAAAAACACUGACUUGUCUAUUUAUUUUCAGCUCUUCUAAGAUGAAAUGACUGACGCUGAUCAAUAGGAGGCUUACAAGCAAAGUAGUUGACCUGGGGUUUAGAUGCCGAAUGGCCAUCUGAUUUGGAUCGUAUGGCCUCAUAAGAUGAGCUGCUGCAUUAAAAUGAGCUCCACUCUAAAACCCGGUGCUGAUUAUACUUGACGUGCUGUGAUGUUCCCGUGUGAUGCUUUCUCAUAUGUGCACACCUCAGAAAGUCUCAGAAAGUUUACAAGUCAACCAACGCCUCUGGAGACCUUCAGUUUUGAACAACACUUUACUGGCUUAGACAUGGGACCUUUUUCAGGUACACAGCUCUCAUUUAGCGUCUCAUGUGUGGGCUCUAAGUGCUACUGCAGCCCUGGCAGCAAGGGGCCCGGGGUCAGGGUAACCUCAGUAUUAUCCCAAGGUGCACUUCUCUUCCCCCUUGUUACCACCAGCCUGUGAGAAAGCCCUCUGGCCAAUCCUAAACUACUGCACUUACCUUUACUAGGAGACGGGGAUCCAACUAAUGAGCAUACUUUGGCUUUAUGUAUAAAGGUAAAGCUGAGAUUUUAAAAAAAGAAAAGAAAAAAAAAGCUUUAGCCGAUAGGUAUUUAGUUCAUGUUCUGAACAUGAAACUCUGUGCCAAAGUGAUACAAUGUGUGAAAGCUAUAUCUAAACUAACAAGUAUAGUUAUUAAAACUGAUGCGUACGGUAGUCUCCUUAUGCUUGUAUACUGUAUGUACAGACUGACAAAUGACCAAAUCAUAGCUGUUGUUGCAGUUCACUGGUGAUCCUGUGUGGACUAAAAACAUUAAAAAGUGUUUAAAAUGGGUAUAAAACUGUUCACACUCUUAACGUGUCUCAUCAGCAUCUGAACAGGUUAAUGCGUUUUUCAGGAGACCUCACGCACAGAUGAACCUGAUUAUUGUACAGAUCCCUACUUCGUUGUUGUGUCCUCGCAGGCGCCUAUUUUUUACCUUCUCUGUCCUGUCCUCAUCUUCUUUUCCUUUCCCGUACUUGACCCAAAACAAACAGACCCCCUUGCCCUUUCCCCUACUUGACCCACCCCACCUCCUCCAGUGGAUCAAACCGGCUUUACGGGUGUUUCCAUGGUAGCCACAGUGUAAAUAGUGAAUGGUGUCAUAUGUUUUAACUUUUACUAUAGAAGAAAAGCACGGCGGUUGACCUUGAAGAUGAAAGACAAGGAUGAGUAUAUAAUACUGUGUAUGGUGAAACUGAGAUUGAAGAAUGUCUCGGGUUAGAUGCAAUGCUGAGAGAAAGAGGUCUAUUUUAAGAUGUGAAUAUCUUUUCUUUUUUUUCUUUUUUUUAGAACGACUGUCUACGGUUAUGAAAAUUCGUUUAUACUCUAUUUAAUGAUUUGUUUAUUCCCCUUCGACCCCAUUGUUCUGCUCCCUGAUGCAAUGCAGAUGUUCUAAAUGUAUAUGGAUGUUUUAUUGCACAAUGUUUAUGUGGUGUUGUGUUGGCCUCUGUAAUGGGCUGGGUGUGUCUAGACAAGGUGUUCGAUCUUUAAAGAUCCAGUCUGAAUUGUUAGAGCCUCCAAGUAUCAAUAGCUCUAAUAGAUUUCUCAUUCCCACUGAUCACCCACAAGGCAUUUAAAUUGGUUCAGAAUUGCAAAUUAGCAGCGCCAUCGCAGGAUCGAUUUCGGUUGUUGUCGGCGUGCGAAGGUGCACAAAUAUUCAAGAGCCCGUUGAAGGCGAACUUGCCCAGUUGUGUUUUGGUCUGACUGGCUGAAUGUACAAAUGCAAAAUUUUUAUUCCACCAUCCUGUGCACAUCUUUGAAUCUCUUUGUAUCUUAUUACCGGAACAUGCGCCUGAAUCAAAACAGUGUACCUAACUGCUUAAUGUGAUUAUUGUCUUCAGAAGUUGUGUAUGCAGUUCAUUUUUUUCAAGCAAGUAUAAGGUAUUGAUUUGCCCCAUAUAUCACACCUUGUGCACUGUGAUUUGGGGCUGCAUGAGCACUGCAAUGGAGAAAUAUAUCAAACAUUUUCACACAAGUAGUUGUGUGUUUCAUCUGCGAUCAAACAAAAGACAGGAACCAAGACUAAGCUCGUCAACCUUGCUAAUGCCAUUGAAAGAAUUUCUAGCUUUGGUAUUUAUCCUUCAGUAUAAUCAGAGUUAUGGUUGGUCGUGUGCAGUUUUGUGUAUACUUAUGUUUAUGGAAGUCAUGAAAUGAGGACAUUUUUAAAUUGUAUUUUAAAGCAUAUCAGUGGUUUUUACCUUGCAUGACCACAUGUUGGGUGUCCUCCCCGUAUAACAUGCUCGUGCAGAAAAGAUAAAGGCUGUCUAAUGUGAAGAACUGCUUCCCUCUGCACUGUGAAUCACUCCACUGUCCCCCACUGUCUCGGCUAAACACAUCAUCCAUCCAUAUCCACAUAAACCCAUCUGCUAAUAUGUCCACUUCAUCACAUACAAAUCUUGAUGAAUUCGCUCACUCUGAAGUAAGCUCCGGCAGCCAAAAUACUGCCAGUCAUAUUCGUUAGCCAGGAAUCUAUAAAUCCUCUGCUCUGAGAUCACCUCUCUGGUGCUACUGCCAGUGUACAAUGGCCAUCUAUUGUCUCCAGUCCACUUAUAGUUGUCCAGAGAGACAUGAUAUUUCAGCACUGCCUUUCAUAUUGUUGUUGUUGUUGUUGUUUUUUUUUUUAUUGUAAUCUUUCUUUUGUACAUGACAUACAGUAUAUUUUAAUCUGCAUACAUAUGUGUUUGUGGAAAGAAAAAAAUGAUUGUGAUAUUUCAGAAUUAUUAUGUUCCCAAUUUUUUAAGUACUGUACUUGUACAGCAAUAAAGCACAAUUGUGUCAA